UCAAAGUGACGCAGUAUUCACUAUUCCCUUGUCGAAAUUACAGAUUUACAGCUUCGUCAUCAUCUCAAGCUCUCUCAAUUUCUUCGACUUUCAAUGGAUGGGCAAGUGUCAAUGCGUGUGGAAUCGUUUUGGUGCGCGUUUUUAUUGUAUAGAAUUCAGAGCCAGAGAAUCUAAGCAAAGCAUGAAAGAGAGAUGCUUCGUUCUCCAAUUUAGCGUUUAGCCCGGAAGAGCUGUGACAGCUUCCCUCUCCUUAUCUCAUAUUUACAGAUUGGUAGUUAGAAAACGAGACACAGAAGACAACAUGAGUGGGCUUAACUCGUCGAGCUCGGAAAUAGAUUUAGAUCGACCAAACAUAGAAGAAUACCUUCCCCCCGAUUCCAUCCAAGAACCUCACGAGAAGCUUCGCCUGCGCGAUUUGCUCGACAUUUCGCCUGCUUUGACAGAGGCUGCUGGAGCUAUAAUCGAUGAUUCUUUCACACGUUGUUUCAAAUCAAAUCCUCCAGAACCCUGGAAUUGGAAUAUAUACUUGUUUCCUCUCUGGUGCUGUGGGUUGGUAGUUAGAUAUGGGAUUAUUUUUCCAGUAAGAGCUCUGGUAUUGACAAUGGGUUGGAUAGUAUUCCUGUCAUCCUUCAUCCCAGUACAUUUUUUAAUGAAUGGGAAUGAUAAGCGGAAGAGAAAAAUAGAGAGGUACUUGGUGGAGUUAAUGUGUAGCUUCUUUGUUGCAUCAUGGACUGGGGUUGUGAAGUAUCAUGGGCCACGACCUAGCAUGCGACCCAAACAAGUGUUUGUGGCCAAUCACACUUCCAUGAUAGAUUUCAUAAUUCUAGAACAGAUGACUCCAUUUGCUGUUAUUAUGCAAAAGCAUCCUGGAUGGGUUGGAUUGCUACAAAGCACUAUUUUGGAGAGUGUAGGUUGUAUCUGGUUCAACCGCUCCGAAGCAAAAGAUCGUGAAAUUGUUGCGAGAAAGUUAAGAGAACACAUUCAAGGGGUUGACACCAAUCCUGUUCUUAUUUUUCCAGAGGGAACCUGUGUAAAUAACCACUAUACGGUCAUGUUCAAGAAGGGUGCUUUUGAACUCGGGUGCACUGUUUGCCCAAUAGCCAUUAAGUACAACAAAAUUUUUGUGGAUGCUUUCUGGAACAGUAGGAAACAAUCAUUUACCAUGCAUCUGCUGCGCCUUAUGACAUCAUGGGCUGUUGUUUGUGAUGUGUGGUACUUGGAGCCACAAAAUCUAAGACCUGGAGAGACAUCCAUCGAAUUUGCAGAGAGAGUCAGGGACAUAAUUUCAGUUCGAGCAGGUCUUAAAAAGGUCCCUUGGGAUGGGUAUCUGAAGUACUCUCGCCCUAGCCCAAAGCAUACAGAGCGAAAACAACAGAUAUUUGCUGAGUCAGUACUGAAGCGCCUGGAGGAAAAGUGAUUGAACACUUUAUUGUGUGUUUUAAGCAUUUUUUUUCCUUCAUAGUUUUGU